AAAUGUUACACAUCUCCCUUUUUCUUCAUUCUUACGAAAAGUUGUAGAUACCUUCCGCCCACACUAAUACACUAUCUCACUUCUGAGAGUUGACUUAAAAGGAUAAGAGGAAAACCAUAGCAUUUAGAGUAAAACCAAAACAUGGGGGGAGGAGCCAUGUUGCCACCAUUUACAAGUACAGUAGGACAAUCCAACAACUCUUCCAGUUUUAAUUCUCCCCAUUCUUUGUCAUCAAUUUGUAACACAUCAUUUGAAGAAUCUUGGGUCAAGAAUCGGUGUAUUAAUUAUGGGCCAAGAACUGAGACUCUUGAUAUUGAAUUAUUUGAUGAAAAAGGAACAAAAGGGUCUCCUUGUAACUGUGUAUUUGGUUCUGUGCCAUCUAGCUUGGAGGUUGAAAAGGCCAUGUCUGAUCUACAAAGUUUCAUGAGUGGGUGUAAUGACCCUAAAGAAGAGAUGAAUUGGCCUAAAGCGAUGCUAAAUCCACAUCAGUCGACUCUGCUGCAGUCCCAUGGAUAUGCAAGAUUUUAUGAUGCUUUUCAUAUGCUUCAAAAUGAACCACCAAUUCAGAGAUUGAUUGUUUCCUUAGCUAGUGAUAGAGCUGUUUGGGAAGCUAUGAUGAACAACAAGGCAGUUCAGAAUCUUCAAGGCUCACUGAUUUGUGCAGCUGAAGGGAAAGAAUCUCAGAGCUCAACUGAGGAGUCAGACAUCGGAUCCCUGGUAGUGAAAUGGAUUAUGGGCAUCACAACUUCAAAACUCGCGGAGCUGAUCCAAUCAGUGGGAUCAUUGUUGAGUGAAAUAUUCAGUGAAAUACUUGAACCAGCCAAGAAAGAAAAACCCACUUCAGAACUGUCUGAUCUCUUGGAAGAGAAGCUUAGAUCUUCUUUCCUUUUAUCAGUUGUUCUGUUGUUGAUUGUGGUCGUGACAAGAACCCAAGGAGCUUGAUCAGCUUCAAAUCGCUCAUGAGCGUUUUAUAUAACAAAUUUGCUACAUGCUUUCAUAUAGAGGGGGAAACAACCCUAUUGUGAAUAAUUUUUCAUAAGUCGCAAUUGCUUCCCUCUCCAGGCAUUCUUUUUGUUUAGAUUUGUUCCCAACGACAAUCUCUUGCUUCUCGUACAGGGCAUUAUUCUGAAAGUAGUUCCUUCUUUCCAAAGUUCUUUUUGUGAUGAAGAAGAACUCUGCUCAACCUUUUAGUAAUAUUCAUAAGAGACCAGAUGUAACAA